AGUGCAAUAUCACUGUUGAUAAUUUUGACGUGGUUUUAAGGAGGAGCUGCAAGCAGCUAAUACCCUUUUGAUUUUGAUUUUUAUUUUAUAAUUUUGCUAAAACGCUCUCCAACUCCAACCCAGUUAUCCAACAUCACCAAGCUGGCUUACACCCUAAUCCUUCACACACCGUAGUUCAUCGACAACUGGUUUGCACUUCCAUCUCAGAACUCCUUCUCCAGCCAUAGCAAUUCUAACCACAAUAAAUGGCUCCCCUCAACUGUCAACUGCCAUCAUCCAACUUCUUCCACCUUCACCUCAGAUAUCCCUUACAACAUCACCACCAUGCGUUCCACCAACAGUACCACAUGUGCUGCAUCAAGCACCGGAGCCUCUAACGGUAACACAGGGCGCCACCCUGUGUACCGCGGAGUGAGGCGUAGGAGCAGUGGAAAAUGGGUUUCUGAAAUCCGUGAGCCCAGAAAACCUAACAGGAUUUGGUUAGGGACAUUUGCCACCCCUGAAAUGGCGGCUAUUGCCUAUGACGUGGCAGCGCUUGCUCUUAAGGGGAAGGAUGCCGAACUCAACUUCCCUGACUCCGCCUCUUCUCUUCCCGUUCCUGCUUCAUCCGCUGCUCGUGACAUUCAGAUGGCUGCGGCCAGUGCUGCAGCCGCCGUCGGAGCAGCUAAUGAUGCACUGAGUGAAGGAAGCCGAGGAGGGAAUGUUUCGGUUUCAAUGGCACAAGAAGAGUUUUCAGGGGGAAGCUUAAACCACUUUGUCGAUGAGGACUUGAUCUUUGACAUGCCGAAUAUUCUGGUCAACAUGGCUGAAGGAAUGCUACUCAGCCCUCCUCGUUUUGACAAUUUUUCUGCUACAGAUUAUGACUACAUGGAUGAAAAUCCUAAUCUCUGGGGCUUCCCUUACUAGUUAGCUACUAUCCAUCAAUAAUGCAAAAAUCAUAAUAAGGAAAGUUAAGUAAGAUCUAAUAAUCAAUUAUGGGAGAAGCCUUAUAUCCAGUCUUUGCUUAGACACCAGGAAAGUUAGUGUGUGGAAAGUGUAUCUUUCUUAGUCUCUUUCCAUUUCGUUUUUCUUUUUUUUUUCCUUGUGUACAGUACUGAGGUUUGCUGCUGUUUCAC